UUCCCAGAGCGUGAGGCGCGGGUGACGGGCGGGGGCGGGGUGCGCGGGAGCAGCGAUCAGUGUGUCGGCGCGCGCCGCCGCCGCCAUGGGCAACCAACACUCUGCCGCACACACGGCGCUCAAGCCCAGGAAAAACGUGCACUGGAAGUCCGCAGGGCGGCCGGCACCGCCAGGAAAACCGGAUAUCAUUCCGAUACUGACUGAUGAGGAGCCGAACGCAAUCACUUUGCGGUGGGCGCCCGCGGUACACGACGGGGGCGCGCCGCUGCAAGGGUACCAGGUGGAAUGCAACCGUCUGGGGUCCCCCGAUUGGAUCCGCACGGCGCCGCCCAUCGUGUUGCGCCCCGAGCUGGUGCUGACGGGGCUGGAGCCGCCGCAUCGCUACCAGUUCCGCGUGGCAGCCUUGAACGCCGUCGGCCGGUCUGAAUACAGCGAACUCUCCGACGUACUCACGGUUAGCUUCGAACGAGGUGCCCAAGAAGCGCCCAUUUUCCUCCAGCAUGUUGAUGAUGUGACUGCCCUCGAGAAUGACAAAACUGAAUUCCGAGUAACUUUUACCGGUGCGCCGACCCCUACAAUCGCCUGGUUCAAGGACGACUAUGAAAUAUUCAGUAGCCGACGAACGGCGAUAACGACCACUGAGUCUUCCAGCGUUCUUAUUUUCCAUCAAACCUUGGCUAGUGACGAAGGUGAAAUCAAAUGUACAGCCACAAAUCGCGCGGGACACGCAGUCACUAAAGCGCGACUCGCUCUAGAAGCUGCACCUAAAUUACGCUAUCCGCGUCAGUACGAAGAUGGAUUACUUUACGAAAUAAACGAAACGGUUUACUUAAAAACCACAAUCGUAGGAAAGCCAGCACCGACCGUUGAAUGGCUACAUGAUGGGCAAUCGAUAGUUGUAGAUGACCGUGUAGAAAUUACGAAUACGCCUAAAUUUUCUGUGCUAAAGAUUCACUCUGCGCGAAGAAGCGAUCGCGGAGAAUAUCAAGUGCAUGCAAGAAACAAUAUAGGAGAGGACACUGCCGCUUUCUUGGUAACGAUAACAGCUCCACCAGACGCGCCCAAACGAGUAUCAGUAACACGGCAGGUGGAUAAGUCUGUAACGUUGGACUGGGAACCACCAGAAGACGACGGCGGUUGUCGCAUAGGAAAUUACGUAGUGGAAUAUUACCGCACCGGGUGGAACGUGUGGUUGAAGGCGACGACUAGUCGCAAGACGAACGUGACGCUCUUCGAUUUGAUUGAAGGGAGCGAGUACCGCUUCCGCGUGAAAGCUGAGAGUCCUUAUGGUAUGAGCGCACCGAGCGCAGAAUCUGCGACUGUGAAGAUACCCGGGCGGGCUGUGGACGUAGAGUUCUUAGCGGUGGAGUCAAGGAUCAUAAACGAUGCUCUGACGAAGGAGGAGGGCGUAGUGACACGGGUAUCGCCGGUGCCGCGCCGCAAGCGAGCCAACACUGCGCCGGAGGCUGCGCCCCCGGCCCGCGUGCCCCGCACUGAGUACAAGGAUCCAGCGGGCAGCAACGAGUUCAUGCUCGUGUUGUAUCCAGACAAGGCGGAUGAUAAAGCCGAAAAAAGGAAGUCGUUCCAACUAGAUCUGGAAGACGCGCUCUCCCCGCCUCCGAUAUCGCUGUCAGCUCCCGAGCUCAGCUCGCGCUGUAUCAUGCCGUUCAAAGCGCUCCGCAAUGCCGUCAGCUCCACGGAGCUACUACACGAACGAGCCAUGGCACGCUUCUACAAGGCUGUGCAAAUGAAAGAGGAACAAUCCAAACACAAAGACGAUAAACCUUCAAAAAUAGAUAUCAACACUGACAUUCCGUACAAUAACCAUGACAAAACAAACGACAUUAUAGAAACGACAAAACCUGUAAUAACACCAACUACGAAAACACCAGAGAUCUACAUCAAGACGGAUUCUAUUGAAAACAGACAAUACAAAUAUAACUCCAGGCAGGCCUCUCACGACUCUGAAACUUCAGAUAGCAGAUGGCAACAAAAUAGUAUGUCAUUUGAUGAAGAUUACACAGCCAGUACAGUUUCAACAGAUGGAGAAAAUUCAGAAGAGGAAGGAAGCCUCAAUGGAGAACUUGAUAUAAGAAGUCAAUAUUCAAAUGAAGAAGAUACAUACCAUCCCAGGGACAAAACGGCACGUCGGUCACCUUCUUAUAUAAAAGAAGAAAUUGAAGAAGAAGAAGAAUCCGAGCGAGAAAUUGUUAAACCGUUACCACUUCCUGAUCCUAAUUUUGUUCCAAAACCAAUAUUAAAACGUAGGGAUUUAGAUCAACCAGAGUCUAAACUACCACAACAUACAGGGACAGCAAAUUACAUAAACUCAAUGGAAGAGAAGGUAAAACCUGAAGAAAAACCCAAGAAAGAAGAAAAAGUAUCAAUGUUCAAAAAAUUCACCAAAAUGCCUGUCCAAAAACCUUUCCAGUUUCCAAAAAUACUGUCUAAAAAGGAACCGGAAAAACAAAAAGAAGAAGUAAAUGUAUCAAAUAAUGCUAGUAAAAAACCAAACAACGUAGAGACAAUUCAAGACAAAGUAACUGAUGAAGGUAGGACGGUCAUAGACUAUUAUACAAAUAUAGUCAAAGAAUAUGGAAGUCAAAAGAAGUCCUCUACGACACUUUACACCACAACUGAAGACUUGAAAACGGUAGCGGAAAAGCAAGAAAAAACUGAGUCUUUAAAAAUUCCUGUGACCGGAGGAAAGAGAAUAGUCAAGCAGAGGAAAACGCAAGCAAAUAAUUCUAGUGCUAACAAAGCUGCGAAAACAAAGCCUAAACAAGCAAAUUCUAUUGACAAAACAAAUUUGAAUAAAAAACCUGGUAGUGAAAAAAGUAAAAUUAUUAAAAAGGCAAAUUCUACUCCGAAAGCACAAGACAAUCAAAACGUAUUGCACGAAAGUAACAAAAAAUAUACCCAGCAAAUAGUUCUAAAGAAGACGGAACGAGCGACUAUUGUAAUACCAAUAGACUACCAGGAAUUAGAGGAGAAAGCUAAAGUGACUGUGAGAUCCGCGAUCGACUACACGGUAGAUAUGUGUCUUCUUCUCCUGGCCUUCUGGGUAUACUUCUUCAAGGACGAAAGGCUUGCCAUCCCCUUCCUCAUACUCAUCAUCUACCGACAGCUGCAAGAGACCUUCCUGAUGAACAUCCCUGAGUGGGUUAGGCGCCACACUCCCAACUGGAUCAAGAAAAAGACAUCUUGACCGUUUCCAAAAGACAUAUUGUGCGACAAAUCUGAUUGUAUUGUGAACAUUGUAUGUUGAGUGAUAUGUGAUUUACUUAUAUAUUUAAUAUAAACUACUCUUUUGUGUUUACAAAUUCAUUUAAAAAUAAUAAAUGAUCUAAAACUAGUCGGUCAUGACGUCGUAACUAUAAGCAAACUUUUUGAAAAUCUGUUUUUUACAAUUCUUACAAUGUUAGAUAAUCGUUUAAUUACUUAUUUUGUUCCAAAAUUAGCGCGUUCAGUUCAGCAAUUCAGAAUCCCAUGUACAGAUUGCGUCAAAAGAAGUCCGAAGCGAAAAGUAGUCGACCCUAAGUUAUGUCAUAUUCGAGACAGGGGACUCGUUCUCGGUGUAUACUACAAUGAAAAUAUUUCUAUUGGUGAAAGUGCGAUUCUUACAGCUAGUGCCCAAAAAAUGGAUAGAAAGACUGGGGGGAAACUAUGGAAACUGCUCAAGCUAGCCCCCAUGCCGAGACUCGGGGAACACAGGGUUUUCUUUGAUCUAGAUUCAGAUUACGCUUUCGUAGCCGUUGCUGGUCUCGGCUCUGAAUGUUUGUCCUACAAUGAAACGGAGCAGCUGGAUGAAAGCAAGGAGGCCAUACGGAUAGCGGCCGGUGUAGGCUCCCGGGCACUGCAAGAGAUGCAUCCGAGACACAUCGACGUGGAGUCGUUCGGCAACGCGGAGGCGGCGGCCGAGGGCGCCGCGCUCGCCACCUGGCAAUUCCGAGAAUACCGGGCCCCAGAUGUUACACGAAAAAUCCCAAUAAUCAGACUGCAUCUUCAUGACGACUGCGACUACGUGGGAUGGAAGAUGGGUAUGUUAAAGGCCGAAGCACAGAAUUUGGCUCGAUUCUUACAAGAGAUGCCUGCUAAUCUACUUAAUCCUACAAGUUUCGCAAAACUUGCAGUCGAUUUGCUUUGCGAACUAGAUAUUAACGUACACGUGAAGACUCAAGGAUGGGCUGCGAGUAGAGAGAUGGGUGGCUUCGUUGGUAUAGGAAAAUCAUCAGUGCAACCUCCACUAUUUGUAGAGAUCGGUUACUUCGGAGGUGGGCCAUGUAGCCGGCCUGUUGUUUUGAUUGGUAAAGGCGUAACAUUCGAUAGCGGAUCUUUAGAUUUGAAAUCAGCUAAAGAGUUAAAAUACAUGAGAGGUGACAUGGCAGGGGCCGCCUGUGUUCUGGCCGUCACGAGAGCCGCCGCUAGAUUGAAAUUGCCCAUCAACAUACGGGGGAUAUUGCCACUUUGCGAAAUCAUGCCUAGCGGGCGCAGUCCGAAAUUCGGCGAUGUUUUUACUGGUGCAAACGGCAAAUCUAUUCAUUUAAGAUUGCCUUCUAAAGAGGGGCGCCUGGUAAUAGCAGAUAGUUUAUUAUACGCAAGGAAAUACUGGCCGCAAUUCAUUGUGGAUGUCGGGACUAUGUCUAAGGAGCUGCUGGAUACGUUGGGUGGAGCAGCGUGCGGAUACUAUACAAAUUCCGAGCAGCUGAUGAAUUACACGCAGACUGCGAGCAGUCACACGGGCGACCGCAUCUGGCGGAUGCCGCUGUGGAAGUACUACGAGAACCGCGUCCUCAACUGCAGCACGUGUGACGUGGCCAACACGGCCCAUCACCAGUACGGAGACUCUCCGAACUGCGCCGCUUUCCUCAAGCAGUUCGUGUGCGACAGCCAGUGGAUGCACUUCGACACGUACAACAUCAUGUACAGCAAGGGCCACGACUUCGCGUACCUGGGCCGCGGCAUGACGGGCCGUCCCACCCGCACCAUCAUCGAACUCAUGUGCCAAUUAGUUGCCGAUUCUAAAUUGUAAACAUUUUAUAUAAUGUCAAGUCUUUUAAGCUAUAUCCAUUUGUAAGAAACAUAUUUUCGAAAGUUGUCUACUGUCUAUAUUGCAGUUGUAAUAAAAACUAAAAAAGAUUGA